AAUGCAACUCAGGCGAAAGACAGGCUAUAUAGCCAACUCGCAGCUAGUCUGAAGAACAUGUCACGCGCUGUCGGGCAAACAGCAGACCUCUUUGAACAACUUCAGACAGACUUGGACGCCAUGAGAGUUCUGGCUGGUACACAUGCUGCACAGUUCAUGACUGUUGCUGCGGAACUCAGCCCUGAGGCUGAU